UCAAUUAUCAAAAUUACGUGUUGCCAACUAAAAACUGGUUCUUUCUAUUAAAAGUAAAAAAGAAGGUGUUGACAUUCUUCUUGUGAUCAAAAUGCCCAGGGAACUUACAGAAAUCAAAGAUUUCCUCCUCACAGCCAGAAGGAAAGAUGCCAAAUCUGUUAAGAUAAAGAAGAAUCCUUUGAACACCAAAUUCAAGGUCCGUUGUUCAAGGUUUUUGUACACCCUUGUCAUCACUGACAAAGAAAAGGCAGAAAAACUGAAGCAAUCCCUUCCACCAGGUCUACAAGUUAAAGAAGUUAAAUAAGUGGCUACCAUGCAUUUUACUUUUCUAACGUAAUAUAUUGUUAUUUUUAA